AUUACACUGAAAUUCCAGCGCCUGAACUUUUCAACUUCCGGUUCACUUGUGACGCACCAUUUGUGUACCCAUCCCAGACUUGCAAUUCUUUUGUGCACCCUUUUCCUAACCAAACGAGCUCCUUCAACGCAUUCCCGUCGGACGUCACAGUAGAAGAUUUUUACCCUGAGAAGCACGAUUCCCCCUAGGUUAAACAGGAGUCGGAGUCAGGGAUGCCGUACAACAAACAGGAGGCGGAGCCAGAGACCACCUACAUUAAAGAAGAAGAACAGGAAAACAAAAUCGUCCCGUUUCCACCGGGUGACAUUGUGAGGAGCGAGGAAGAAGGUCCAAGCGAAGAGAGGAGAGCAGCAAAACCUUUGAACGAGAGCUCAUUUGAACACCCAAAAACAAAAGACGUUACUGUUGAAGAUCUUCAGUCUGAGAAGCAUGAUUCCCCCCACGUUAAACAAGAGUCGGAAAUAUCAGACAUCAAACAGGAGGCGGAGCCAGAGACCCACAGAAUUAAAGGAGAACAAGAAGAUGAAAAUCCCAAAUUUCCAAUUAUUAUCAGUGCAAGGCGUGAAGACAGCAGGGCAUCUAAAUCUUCAAGCAACAAAUCCUUUCAACACCUGACAUCAAAAAGUGAGGGACGAUCAAAACCGGACGUCCUCAUAGCUCCGCUCUCAGACAGCGAUGACGUAACAUCACACUCUUCUGACUUCAACUCUGAUGAGGAGGAUGUUGACUUUGACCGAAAUGCUUCGAAAUCCUCAAACAAGUCAUCAGUGAAAAGAGACACGAUAGAAAGCACGGGCAGGAAACCUUUUACCUGCUCAUUUUGCGACAAAAGAUUUUGUACAAAGCGAGAUUUAACAAGACACACAAGAACACACACUCGAGAAAAGCCUGUUGUCUGCUCGAUUUGCGAUAAAAGAUUUUGGACAAAGCAUGAGUUGACAAUACAUACGAGAAGACACACUGGAGAAAAACCUUUUCCCUGCUCAGUUUGUGGGAAAAGAUUUACAGAGAACAGAGAGUUGAUCAAGCACGGAAGAACUCACACUGGAGAGAAACCUUUUGCCUGCUCACUUUGCGAUAAACGCUUUGGUAUGAAGGUCCAGCUAACAACACACACGCGUAAGCACACUGGAGAAGAGGCUUUCCCCUGCUCAGUUUGUGGUAAAAGAUUCACUGAGAAGGGAAAUUUAGACAGACACGAAAGAGCACACACUGGAGAGAAGCCUUUUGCCUGCUCUCUGUGCGAUAAAAGAUUUUUGCAGAAGCAACAGUUAACAAUACACAUGCGCACACACACCAAGGAGAAACCUUUUGCCUGCACUUUUUGUGAUAAAAGAUUCAACCAAAAGGGAAAUUUAAACAAACAUACAAGAACGCACACCGGAGAGAAGCCUUUUGCCUGCUCAAUUUGCGAUGAAAGAUUUUGUCUAAAGCAACAGUUGACAACACACACGAGAAAACACACUGGAGAAAAGCCUUUCUCCUGCUCGUUUUGUACUAAAACAUUCGCUGGGAAGGGGCAUUUAAACAGACAUGAAAGAACACACACUGGAGAGAAGCCUUUUGCCUGCUCUCUUUGUGAUAAAAGAUUUUUGCAGAAGCAACAGUUAACAAUACACAUGCGUGCACACACCAAGGAGAAACCUUUUGCCUGCACAUUUUGCGAUAAAAGAUUCAACCAAAAGGGAAAUUUAAACACUCAUCUAAGAACGCACACAGGAGAGAAGCCUUUAGCCUGCACACUUUGUGAUAAAAGAUUUCGUUGGAAUCAUCAGUUCACUUCACACAUGAGUACACACACUGGAGAAAAACGUUUGAAUUGCAGCGUGUGACAAAACAUUCAGAUUUUUGCCACCCUUUUACAAAGGUUAAAGCAUUUGAAUGUACCCCUGAGCCUCCUAUGAAAAAGUUUUCCAAAUGAUGUUGCAGGUCCAGUUAUUUUCAGAGGUAUUAAAUAUUCUUGAGUUCAUAGACUUUUGAUUGUUUCUUUUUAGGAUGAUCAAUAUUUUAUAUUGUUUGCUCUUAUACGACUUUUGACCAUUUUAUUUCUGGAUGUUGGCAUUUGAAAUACAGCUGAAAUAUGCAAUGGAACUGUGCUUGAGUUUUCAUUGAGAUGUUGCUCGUCAGCUGAUCUUAAUUGAUUGACCUCCCACCUUGGCAUAUGCGGCUCAUAAGCUUCGUCUCGAUUGAUUCCUGAUUGGCCAAUGCCGCUGGACGACCUUCAGAUGUGGACAACCGUUAACAGCUCGGGGAGGUUCGUUUUGACAGCUGUUUCGUUCCUCCUCGCUCAUACUUUGUCUUUUGCUUUUUCGUCAGCUAGUUUCGUUUGAUCGUUAAUACUUCCUUUUUGGUAAGCUCUUUUUGUUAACUGCUAAUGCUCCAGUUUUGGUGAGUUUCAUUUUGUUAGUCAUUUACAGAUUUCUGUUACACCUUAUAAAUUGAGCAAGAAGAGGUAAGGGUGAACUGCGAUUUAUGUUGACUCGUUUUGUCCUGUGCAACGUGUACCCUGGGUUUCUAGGUGCCCUAGGCGAACGUGUAGAUAUGAGCUAAAAAGCCAAAGCACUGUGGAAAUCUGU